AUGUGCAGCUUUCUCGCUUCCUACACAGUGCUGCAGUUCUGGGGGCCCAGAAUCUGUCCAGCAGAAGGUAACAGGUGGGAGAACGUGCCCAGGGAAAGCCGCGCGAACAGGCCGUCCGCAGAACCGACAGCAAAGAGGUGGGGAGGCGAGAAUCCGGGCCGGCGGGAGUCGACACCCGCCGUCUCCGUCGCCCAGAGGCUGGCUCUCGCCGGCCGGAGGCUCCCAGCCCGUUACCCCGGCCGUCGCCGUCGCCUCCUCGCCUCGCUCGCCUCGCGGCGGUUACCUCAGCCCGCAUCUCUGCGUAAUGACGCGCGGGGAGAGCAGACAGGCAAGGCUGGGGCGGGAGGGGGGAGAAGGAGGUGGGCAGAGAGCGGGAGGCGGAGAGGAGCCGACCGAGCAUUUAAAGCGACAGCCAAGCCUCCCCUUCGCCCAUUGCUGAGCCGCGGCAGCCAGGGGAUCGUGGCCGGGAGGCGCGCCGACGGCCAGAGGCAGAAGCUGGAGCUUCCCCGCCUCCCCCCUUCCCCCCUGGCCCCUCCCCACCCCCGAGGGAAUCCUCGCUUGCUCGCAGCAAGACCCCCGGCUGGCUGCAUCCAGCCCCGGCGGCACCCCCUCUUCCUCCUCCUCCUCCUCGUCUUCUUCCUGCCCAUCAUGCUCCAGCCGGGGAGACUCUUGCAGCUGCUGACUUUGAUGAAGUUGCCCUGGUGCCUGCUGGAGUUUCUGCUCUCGGCGGUGGCGCAGGGCCAGGAGAUGUACGCCCCUCACUCCAUCCGCCUGGAGGGGGACAUCACCUUAGGGGGCCUUUUCCCCGUCCACGCUAAGGGACCCACCGGCGUGCCUUGCGGGGACAUCAAGAAGGAGAACGGCAUCCACCGCCUGGAGGCCAUGCUCUAUGCCCUCGACCAGAUCAACAGCGACCCCGAGCUCUUGCCCAACGUCACCUUAGGCGCCAGGAUCUUGGACACCUGCUCCCGGGAUACCUACGCGCUGGAACAGUCGCUCACCUUCGUCCAGGCUCUCAUCCAGAAAGACACCUCCGACGUGAGGUGCACCAACGGGGAGCCGCCGGUCUUCGUCAAGCCCGAGAAAGUGCUGGGAGUCAUUGGGGCGUCAGGAAGUUCCGUCUCCAUUAUGGUCGCCAACAUCCUGAGGCUCUUCCAGGUAGGGCGCUCCGCGGCUUCUGCAGCAGCAGGUUGUUGGCGUGCGCGUGUGCGGCAGGCGUGUUGGCGGUGGCAGGCUGCGGAGAGGCAGACGCGGGCCGUUCUUCCUGUAGGAUCGUUUGGCCGCUGUUGCCCAGAUCGGAUGAAUGGGAAUCGAGCGGCUUUGCCUGCCAGACCCUCGGGGCACAGGGCCGGUUCGUGA